AUGAGUCCCUUCACUCCCUUAUGGAUGCUAGGAGUUAUGCCAAUGGUUGCAAUGUUCAUUGUCUUCGAUUUCGUCGUUCACAACCCACUACAUGCUGAAACCAGGAUAAACCUGUCAUACCUUAACAUAAGUGCUGCCCACUAUGCCAGACUCGACUUGUUAGUGCAAGGCACCAUUCACGAUGCCAGGGUCGUGGAGUUUACCUCCAUCGCACGCCUCUACGUUGAGUCACUAACCGGAGAUCCGGCAAGUAGUACCGCUAGCAAUACUAGCUCAGUUGCUGAACCCAACAUCCACCUAGAGCCACCUGAUGACAGUUCACUCGUAGUUGAAAAUCCUGAUUUCAUGUCACAGUCUGACUUUGAGCAGCUGUCAGCUACAGGGUCCAAUAAUAUGAUGAAUGAGAUGGACGAAUACCAAAUUUCACCUGCUGGAAUAAGCUCUCUAGAUUUCCCAGGCCCAAGCUCCUCGUUGUACAUGACCCUGCCAACAUCUGGGGACAACAUAGCUGGCUUCUUCAGUGAUUCGCUCGGUUGGAUAGGUACCGGAUGGAAUACACUAGAGGAGAACACAAUACAAAAAUCCUCAAACAUCCCAGUCGCAAACGUCUUUGGGUAA